AAGUUCAGCUGAAGGCUGAAGCAGGAGCUGGAUCAGCCCCUCAGUAAGGAGUUAUUCAUCCUCCUCUGAAGGAUCACAGUUCAAGACUCUGGGAGGUCAGCCCCUCUAUUCCUUCAUCUUUAUGCCAAGUUCCAGUUGCAGCUGCCCAGCCUGUGGGGACAGUGUGGGCCUUGGAUGAAGGGGCCUCUCUUUUUACUCUGCUUUGUGUCAGGCUUUGGAAGCUGGAAGGACUUCCUACCCCCACCUGCCAAGUCAGAGCAAAAGAGGUGGCAGCCACAGCAGCCUCAAGGACCUCAACAACUAUGGCCUCCUGCCCAGAUUCGGACAAUAGCUGGGUGCUUGCUGGCUCAGAGAGCCUGCCUGUGGAGACCCUGGGCGCAGAAUCCAGGAUGGACCCAGAGCCUGAGAGAGCGCCCCAGGCCCCUUGGAGCCCCUCCAAGGCGGAUGGUGAAGAAUUAGCUGGGACCUUGGAUGGAAAAGAGACCCUCUUCCAGAGUGAAAGCUCCCAGUCUGGUCCCAUUCUGCCAGAGGAGACUGAGGCCAAGGGCGUCCCGGAAGGUGAUGGUCAUGGUGUGGAGUUCCCUGGCUCAGGAGACACAGUGGCCCAGGGAGACUUGGAGGAGACCCCCAUGGUGGCAGACCUGGGACCAGACACACAGGACCUGGAGGAUCAGAGACCCCAACAGAGCCUGCCCUCAUUCCCCAAUGCAGCUUGGAGCGGGGAGGAGGACCACUGCACCAGCAGCGAGGAUGACACCCACGUGGACGUGGAGGGUCUGCGGAGGCGGCGGGGCCGGGAGCCCAGCGCUCCUCAGCCUGCAGUGCCCCUGACUAUAGAGGACGAGGCCGGAGGCGAGGGUGUAAGCGAGGAGCUGGGCAUCUCCCUCAACAUGUGCCUCCUCGGCGCCCUGGUUAUGCUGGGCCUGGGGAUCCUCCUCUUCUCUGGUGGCCUCUUGGAGUCUGAGAACGGGCCCAUGGAGGAAGUAGAACUGCAGGUCUUUCCAGACCCCACGGUGGACAAUGAGAUGUUGAAUGCUGGGGGGGAUGGGCAGGAGGGGCGAAGGCAGCAGCUGCAGGCCUCAGCGCCCCCUGACAGUGGCCCCAGCCUGCAGAACAUGGCCCUUCUGCUGGACAAGUUGGCCAAGGAGAACCAGGACAUCCGGCUGCUGCAGGCCCAGCUGCAGGCCCAGAAGGAAGAGCUUCAGAGCUUGAUGCACCAGCCCAAAGUGCUAGAAGAAGAGAAUGCCCAGCUCCGAGGGGCCCUGCAGCACGGCAAGGCCUCCCAGAGGGCACUGGAGUCCGAGCUGCAGCAGCUGCGGGCCCGCCUCCAGGGGCUGGAGGCUGACUGCGUCCGGGGAACAGAUGGGGUGUGCCUCACCUGGGACAGAGGCCCACAGGGUGGCCAGGUCACCAAGGAGCAAGGCCCUCAGGGGCAGGUGCCAAGCACUGGCUUCCUAGAGCAGAAGGAACAGCUAGAAGCUGAGGCCCAGGCACUAAGGCAAGAGUUGGAGAGGCAGCAGCGGCUGCUGGGGUCUGUGCAGCGGGACCUGGAGCAGAGCUUAAGGGAUGCAGGCCAAGGAGACCUAGCUCACGCUGGCCUUGCUAAGCUGGGUCACAGGCUGGCUCAGAAGCUGCAGAGUCUGGGGAACUGGGGGCAGCACCCUGGGGUCCCUGGCAAUGCCUCAGAAACGAGUCAGGAGCGGCACUUCCAGAGUUCUAGAGAGCGGAGUGGAAAGGAAAAGUGGCGGGAUGGGCAUGGGGACCAGAAGGCUGAGCAUUGGAAGCAUAAAAAAGAGGAGUCUGGCUGGGAAAGGAAGAAGGGCUGGGGGGGUAAGGAGGACAGGGAGCAGGCAGGGAGGUGGAAGGAGGGCAAGCCUAGGCCAGAGGAGUGGGACAAGAAGGAUGGUAAGCAACAGAGCCCCAAGGAGCCCCCCAGGAAAAGUGGGAGCCCCCACUCCUCUGGAGAAAGGCAGAAGCACCCUCAGGGGAAGGAAGGGGCCAAAGACAGACAUGAGCCUCUGUCAUUCUGGGCAGAGCUAUCGAGACACAAGUACCGGGCACCCCAGGGCUGCUCGGGCGUGCACGAGUGUGCCCGACAGGAGGGCCUGGCCUUCUUUGGCAUGGAGCUAGCCCCAGUGCGGCAACAGGAGCUGGCCUCUCUGCUGAAGACAUACCUGGCGCGGCUGCCCUGGGCCGGGCAGCUGACCAAGGAGCUACCACUCUCGCCUGCUUACUUUGGUGAGGAUGGCAUCUUCCGCCAUGACCGCCUCCGCUUUCGGGACUUUGUGGACGCCUUGGAGGACAGCCUGGAGGAAGUGGCAGUGAGACAGACAGGUGAUGAUGAUGAAGUGGAUGACUUCGAGGACUUCAUCUUCAGCCACUUCUUUGGAGACAAAGCACUGAAGAAGAGAUCUGGGAAGAAAGACAAACACUCUCGGAGCCCCAGAGUUGCGGGGCCAAGGGAGGAGCACAGGCACCACCGCAGAGGCUGAGGCUGCUGUUAUCUGCUCCUGGGGACUGUUAAACUGCCAUCUCUCCUGGCUUGGUUGGUGUCCUUGGAUGUCCUUCACAGAGGAGAGCGAAAUCACCCAGCCCUGCACUGAUGCCACUUUCGCUAGAAAAAGACCUUAGAUGGGCCUGCCUUGCUGUCUAUGCAAAUGUGUACAAAUGUUUAGGACCCUGGGCUGGGACCCUUGGCAGUCUGAUUGUGUCUGGCCAGAUGGGAAAGGGAAUGGGA